AUUACGCUUCUCAAUACUUCGUAUAAAAGAAUGUGAAUCACAUUCUUCAAUAUUACUUUUAAUAAUGCUUAGAGCCACGUGAAUCAAAUGUGAAAAUUUCUACUAUAAAUAGGACUAGCGAGUCACACCAGCCCAUUGUGCCAACUACUGUCUGUCAAGCACACUCUGCCCAGCAAAACCUGUAAUUAACGUUGUUGAAAGCGAAAAUAAUAGAUGUGUGAACAUUUCGAUUUUAGCUGUGGGUGUAAUUGGUUUCGGGGUCUGGAUGGCUGCCGAUCAUGAUGAUUGUCGAAAAUCUCUAGCUCUUCAUGUUAUGCUUAUUGGCAUGUUGAUAUCUGUAAUAUCUGUUUUUGGAUGUAUUGGUGCAUGGAAGAGCAACUCCUUGUUAUUGUGGAUUUACUUGAUCCUGCUCUUUUUAGUUAUGGUGGCAAUCUUGAUUUUUACUGUCUUGGCAUUUAUAGUAACGAAUAAUGGUUCUGGUCACAAUGUAACUGGUUUGAGGUACAAGGAGUAUCAACUUCAAGAUUAUCAUUCUUUGUUCCUAAAACAGCUCAAUAGCUCACAUAAAUGGGAACACCUGAAGAGCUGUCUUGUCAAAUCUGCUGACUGCAAUAACCUGUCCCAAAAAUAUAAGAAUCUCAAACAAUAUAAAUAUGCAAAGCUAAGUCCUAUUGAAGCUGGUUGCUGCAGGCCACCAUCUGAGUGUGGCUAUCCUGCCCGGAAUGCCUCGUAUUAUGACUUGAGUUUACUUCCAAAAAGUUCAAAUAAGGAUUGCAAGCUCUACAAAAACAAAAGGGACAUUAAGUGCUAUCACUGUGAUUCCUGCAAGGCUGGAGUUGCUCGGUACAUGAAAACUGAAUGGAGGGUGGUGGCAGUCUUUAAUCUCAUCCUCUUUCCCACCCUUACAAUUAUCUACUUGGUGGGGUGUUGCGCCAGGAGAAAUGCUGGCUGGAGCCAAUACAAAGUGUGAUGAGAAUGAAUUAAUUUCUUUCUUUUUUCUUGUAAGAACAAAAUGAGUCUCAACUGGAAGUUUUUGAUGGAGAUAUAUAUUAUGUUUUUGAAGUCAUGAUUGGUAUAAUGCAUCUUCAUGCAUGCAUACCAAAGAAGUUUAUGCAGUAAGAGAAAAGGAGGGGAAGAAGGUGAAGUCGACAUCAUUUACCAUGUGAUUGUUACUACUGACUUUUACACUUAUAUUAGUCCCUAGUGUUGCUGCCAUCCCUCCACCUCAAAGGUGGCAUAUAAGACAUAUUGACAUGCCCACAUGCAGUGAUUUCUAUGGUUAUGUGAAAGGUGAAUCGGGGUUGUCACACAUAUAUAUUUGGAACUAUGUUCCGGUUGGUGUCUUGGUGAGGUAUCUUAUGAACAAAAGUAUUGGUGUAAAUGUAGUUGGUGUACUGUGUACAUCUGAUAUGCUAAAAAACAAUUUCUAUACCAAUCUUUUUUUCUUUCUU